GGGGACAGGCCACGUGGGGACGGGGGGGAUGGAGCUCCUGAUCGCUCGUCGGAGGAGAACCAGCUGCUACUUCUACCCCCGUGCCUGGCCCAGUGUCAGGAGCGCGGACUGGUGGGAGCGGGUGGUCCUCAAGGAGUUUGGGCCCCAGGACUGGCUGGAGAAGUUUCGGAUGUCCAGGGAAACCUUCUUCUACAUCUGCAACCAGCUGCGGCCUGGGCUGGCUCCGCACAGUGCCCACUUCCACCCCACCCUGCCCCUGGAGAAGAGGGUGGCUGUGGCCCUGUGGCACUUGGCCACCAACGUGGAGUACCAGACUCUCAGCCCGCUCUUCGGCGUUGGGCCCUCCACGGUGCAGACGUGUGUCCGGGAGGUGAGCUAUGCUGUUGUCUUGCUGCUGAAGCCUGUCUACCUCCGGCUGCCCAACGAGAAGGAGCUGGAGAACAUGGUGCGCAUCUUCCGCACCCGCUGGGGCUUCCCGCAUUGCAUCGGUGCCCUGGACAGCCUUCACAUCCCCAUCCACCCGCCCCUGCGCCUCAGCGCUGACUACUGCAACGGCCAGGGCUGGCACUCCAUCCUGACACAGGCCACCGUGGAUGGGCUGGGCCAGUUCUGGGAUGUCUCCACUGCCUUCCCCGGCAGCAUGGAGAACAGCGCGGUUCUGGAGAGCUCCAGCCUGUGGGUGCUGGCCAAGGAGGGCCGGCUGUGCCCCAACCCUCCUAAGCACUUCAUGGGGAAGGCACAGAAGUACGUGCUGCUGGGUGAUGCCACCUACCCCUUGCAAGACUGGAUCCUCAAGCCCUACCAGGAGGACGAGAACCUCACCCAGCGGCAGCUGCAGUUCAACUACCGCCUGAAGCGGGCGCACAGCGUGAUCGAGAAUGCCUUCCUGCGCCUGAAGGCACGCUGGCAGAUCCUCCUCAAGUGCGAUGACUGCAGCCUGGAGCUGCUGCCCACCCUCGUCCUUGCUUGCUGCAUCCUGCACAAUGUCUGUGAAGCCCAUGACAACCCCUUCAAUGAAGAGUGGCUGGAGGGCACCGAGCCGACUGAGCUGCCUAAGCCCUGCCAGCCCGCGCCUGCUGCCAUGGAGGACAGCCAGGCCGAGCAAGUGCGUGAGCUGAUGUGCCAGUACUUCGAGAGCUGCGGGGAGGGCUGAUGGGGCCGGAGGGGAGAAGCAGCCCUGCGCAUCCUUGCUCGCAGACUUCCCGUGGACUCUGGCAAACAUUGGCCCAGCAGUACCGGGCUGUUCAGCAAAGGACUGCACCCUGUCACCUCUGUGGAAGGCUGCCAGCAGAGUGAGGAAGGCUGCUGGCUGCAGUGGCUGUUCCUGGGGUGGGGAGGGGGGUGGCUGUGUCAUGCUCACGCUGGUUUUGCCACAGUGGUUUCAGGCAGUGGAAUGUAUUUUGUGCCCUUCCUCUCUUCCAGGAUUUGAGCAGUCUAGUGGUGUGUUGUGUGCUGCAUGAGUAAAGUGGGGAUUGGGGCUGGGUGAGGGAGAGGGCUGCCUGGGUCUCCCUUUCCUGGGAGCAUGUUUCUAUCCUGAGGCCCCUCCGUCAGGCCGAAACCAGCAGGAGGCUGGAAAUAAGGUGGCAAAAUCCCCUCGAAGGUAUGAAACUUGCUGCGUAAACAUACUUGGGAGGGGAAGGGACGGAAAAGGCAGAGCAGAGGGCUGGCACCAGCCUGGAAUUAAAUUGCAUUUGCAACCUCCUGGCAGCACGUGCUCCCCUCAGGGGAAGCGGGCUGGGCUUCGGCAGCCGGGUGUCCCUCCUCACCCCUCUCCGGAGGGGUUUGCUCUGAAGGUUCAUGGCUCAGCCUCAGAGAUCCUCCCCAUCCCACCCACCAGCUCUUUCUGCCGGCGCCUCUGAUCUCUGAUCCCAGCCCGGCUGCAGCGUGAGCAGAAACGUGCCGCUCUGCCCCGGGACCGUCUGAGAAAUCGAGUGCCUGUGGUUUAUUCCCGCCGUCGUGCCGCAGG